CUUUACGGGUCACCAACCGCAGCGAGAGGCUGAGAGCAACGAUCAUCACUGUGCGCUUAACAGAGGAGAGAGGAGACUUUGGAUACUUCUCAGACGACCAACUACAUUACCAUGAAGUCGACAUGUCUGCUCAUCCUGGCUUCUCUCGUGGUCUGCAACUUGACGCUGUCUGGAGGACAGGGCAUCCCCGCAGAAGAUGAGACGGACGGACGGACCAUAGACGACAUCAUACUGCAGAGAGCAGAGAGUCUCCUGUUACGGUCCAUCCUCAAAAAGAUGCAGGAAGAGGACGACAGAAACGAGGGAUCUUCCUCUCAGACAGAGUGGGUGACAAAACGUCAGCAUCCCGGUAAAAGAUACAACGAGGGUUUGGAGAAGCGCCAGCAUCCGGGGAGGAGAGAAGAAGACGAGGAUGGACAGUACUUGGAUGUUGAAAAGAGACAGCACCCGGGCAAACGCGAAGACGAAAUGCACUCGUUCAUGGAGCUCCAGAAAAGGCAGCACCCGGGAAAGCGCACCACGAUGGGACACAUUUCUGAAAACCCUGUCAUGCUCCUGAGUGAACUUUCAAAACGACAGCACCCGGGGAAGCGCUACCUGGUGCUGCACAGCAAACGCCAGCACCCAGGUAAGCGCCACCUCGAGGAUGAGGACUUCGAUGAGGACUGGGAUGCGGAUGCAGACGCAGACGACGACCUCGCUGAGUUGGAAAAGCGUCAGCACCCCGGGAAAAGGUUUUUGGAUAACCCCAGUCCGGAUCUGGGCACAAACAGUCCGUGUGACGUGUUGGACCCUACGAGCUGCACCAAGAGUUUGCUGCUCGACUUUUUAGACAACAUUAACAAGAGCCAUGCCGAGGAGAAGAGACAACACCCGGGUAAAAGGUUUGCACCCGAGGAGGAUUUAGUGGAAGGAGAGUAGGGUUAAAGAAAAGUCUGGCGCGCGUGUAGUGCCGUACUGUAAACAAAUUAAUGUGUAAAUGAAGUGACCAUAAUGAAUUAUUAAAAACGAAAAAAGAAUUGACGUCAUUUAACCUUUUGUGCCACAGUUUUUCUUUGGCCGACAGUUACUGUAUCAUCAUCGCAACUCCUUUAUUUGCUGUUGGUUUCUUUGGAGAGCUUGUGCGUAAUUGUCCUCCAAAAUGACUGUAUCGCUGUAAAUAGGGUUUUCAUGAGAGUGCGUGCCCUAUGUUGAUCUUUAUUUACCAAUCCUUAUUAGAAUUUAUUAGUAUUUAUUUCGUUAAUUAGACUAAUUAAGCUUAAAUCAAAGUCCCAGGAUGAAAGCAUGGGUCUACUGGCUUUUGCGAUGUCGCCUCUGUGAGGCAACACACGCUCGUCAGUACAACACAUGCUUCAGCGAAAGAGGCUCUGCAGAGGAAAUCCCUCCAUUGGCUGAUUUGUGUUCCAUUCUUUUCUACUUAUGUAAAAUAUAACGAAUACCACAGCAAAUAAAAUGUGUCAUUGAUUAUUUUUCUACAUAUUACUGCAUGGAUUAUUUAACCUACUGUUGUAAAUUGAACGCUAUACCUUUGCCUUAACCGCCAAUGUUUUUUGUUGGACAAUAAAACGCAUUGGUUAAAACGUA